AUGUGCCAACAAUUCACUAAUAAGACAACCAAACAGCCACUGAAGUCAAUCAUUCCAUCCAGAUCAGCAUGGGAAGAAGUCAGCAUAGACCUUUUUGGCCCUAUGCCAGAUCACAAACAUGUGGUGGUAAUACAAGACAUGAAGACGCAAUUCCCAAAUGCAAAAAUUGUGAAUUCCACAGCAGCACGUCAUGUCAUACCAGCUAUAGAGGAAACAUACACCUACUAUGGGCAACCUAACACACAUAGAACGGACAAUGGACCACCAUUCAACUCCAGAGAGUUCAAGGAAUUUUCAGAUAGACGUGGCAUUACUCAUCAGACAUCCUACCCUUAUCACCCUCAAGCUAACCCGGUGGAAACACUGAUGAAACCUCUCGGUAAAGCAAUGAAAAUCGCACAUGCUGAGGCAGGGACAAGACCAAAGCCCUAA